CUAGAGGCCAACGGAGAAACAGCCACUGAGGACAAAUGAUACAAGUUCGGUGUGAUGUCGUCAAGCAUGGUGCCAAGCGGGCCGUGCAGCAUCCACUUCACGAUGUGCGUUGGCAUCAGGUGGGAGUGGGCCUUCCUUGAGCGUGCGGCGCACAAUGCCGGCAAAAUCCACGCCACAACGCUUGGGGACAAUCUGAACGUUCGUCAGGGUCGCGGCAGGCGGGGAAGUUCUUGUGAUCGAUACCGUUUCGCAACGACAUGGGACCCGCCUGCAUACGCCAGCAGCAUAUAUCCAUCUGAUAUUUUAUGUAGAAGCCUGCGGUUCUAAGGACGACCACGAAGGACGACCACGAGGAGAAACACGACUUGGCGUUGACGACAUACAGACGAAUGCCCGGCGGCCAUGAAUCAAAACUUCACUGCAAGGCAUAUCGAGGGUGUCAUGGUGUAUGGUGAAGACGAGGCCCCGGGAACGUUUCCUUUUAAGGACGUGCGGGUUGGUUAUCACCCGCCCUGGCAUGUCCGGUUCAAAUCCCAUGUCCGCUCUCUAUCGAAGUUUUUUUUUCAACUACGCAAGGUUUCGACCGAUUGCGACAAAGCCAGUCUUUCUGGCUCGUCUGCACAACAGUUUUGCUGGACCUCCCGUUCGCCGUAACAUGGCCCAAGAAUUCCUACUUGUCUCGCCUUUGAAACAGCUUCUCACUCAUUUUCGCUACUUGUUGACGUUGCGUUCGCAGGAGGGAGUGUACCACCAGCUCAUUCUCUUCCGGCUCACACCUUCAGAAACCGCCAUUGCGAAUAAGAUAAGUACACCGGAGGAUGAGCUUUCUUCAGCAGAAUCUCAAGAGGUUGCACAGCAGCUGUAUGCCAUGGAGGCGCAGUGUCCACACCUUGGCGCAGAUAUCUCGCAUGCGGAAAUAGAGGAAUGCGACAGCAGCCUAGUGCUCGUUUGUCCAUGGCAUAGAUAUGACUUCGACUUGAAAACUGGGCAUAGCGAGACAGGACUCAAGGCCUGCACUUACGCGGUACAAGUCCGACCCGGCGGCUCCGACCCCCCAGAGGAAAGAGUAUGGGUAGAGGCACCGGAAGGCGGCACGAACUGGCGGCUCGUUGAACUGCGACCCGUGUCUGAAGAUUUUGCAGACCCACCUCCCCCGCCUCCAGAUCUUUCGCACUUGUCGCUAUCCUCAGCACCGGAAAAAAGAUCUGAUCUUCCUCCGGAGCCAAUCGUUCCGGCAGGGAAUCCCCCCAAGACGCUGAUCGAAUGGGCUGUCCUAAUCUUAAACACCGCGGAUCCCACUCUAAAGGUUCAACGUACAAGGCAUGCUGUGAAUGCGUUCCGCACAGGAGUAAUCAAGUCUAUUGGCCACCGCUCCGCUAGUGCCCCUCGACCGCCUGAGGAACCGCCUCGGGAGGAGGCUAUCAUCAAAAAUACUGUAGAAUCACGGCAAAUGAGCAGACGUAAAAACAGAGCUGUUAUGCUCCAUGCGCUGGCAAAUAUUGAGCAGUGGGCCAUUGACCUGGCGUGGGACAUUAUCGCUCGUUUUGGACCAAGCAAUCCGGACCUGCCCCACGCUUUCUUCUCUGACUUUACCAAGAUGGCAUUAGACGAAUCAAAACACUUCACCCUGCUCACCUCGCGUCUUGCGGCGCUCUCUCCGGCGACGCCAUACGGCUCGAUCCCCGUGCACGCCGCCCUCUGGGAGUCCGCGCGGGUGACGUUCGGGUCGCUGCGCUCGCGACUCGCCAUCAUCCACCUCGUGCACGAAGCACGCGGACUUGACGUCAACCCGGGCACGAUCGCGAAGUUUGCCAAGGCAGGCGACGAAGAGAGCGUCAAGAUGCUCGAGAUUAUACACGCCGACGAGGUGACCCACGUCACUGCAGGGCACAGAUGGUUUACGUGGCUAUGCGAACGCGAAGGUAUCGAUCCCGUGAAGACAUUCAGAGAUGAGGUGCGCCGUGGGUGGAGGGGGGAUGUGAAGGGUCCGUUCAACGUCGAGGACAGGGAGAAGGCCGGGAUGACGCGAGAGUUCUUUGAGGACCUCAAGGGCGAGAUGAGCAUUGACCCACCAAACACAAGGGAGACAGCUCCUCCUAGAGUUGAGGUCGGAUAUGGACCGCUCUAAUUUAUUACCAUCAGCUUUCCCAGCUUAGCCUACAUAACUUCAACGGCUAUCGC